AUGAUUGCUUGCUCUUUUGUCUCCCUUCUCUGGCAGGUUACUUUGUGGCUAAGGAAACUGUAUCAGGGUUUGCCUAUUCCAUGGUAUGAGGUGAAUGAAAAGUCAGUGGAUAUUUUGUAUGAAGUUAAGAAGUGCAAUGAAGAGAGAGACAAGGAUGUUACGUUGCUGGUAGAGGACAUGGAGGACCGGGCAGCCAAGUAUGAAGCAGAAGCUGACUACCGGCAGGCUAUUCUUAGAGAAAGCCUGGGUUUUUCUGAAUUUAGUCUGUCCGAAGAAGCCCUCGCAGACUUCAGUGACCUCAUAGAAAGUGCAUUGGAACUCGAAGUGGAGGACAUGUCUCUUACCAGCUUCUACGGCGCCAUCACUUGCAUGACCUCGGAGCUGCAUAAAACAAAAUCAAAAAACAAUGAAAUGGAACUGCAGCUGAAGACCCUCACGAAAAAACUAACUUCAGCACUGAUGCUGGAAAAGAAGUUAAAGGAGGAUGUUGAAAAAUUACAGGAAUCUCAGGAAGCAGAAAGGGCCAAAAUGGAGAUUCGAUCCAAGAACUUGAAGUUCCUGCAAGUUAAAACUGAGGACCUAAAAAUAAAGAUCAAGGAAGCUGAGAAUAAGCUUAUUGACGUGGGGUUGGACCAAUCCCUGACACAUGAGGCACUCAUGAAAUCAUCUGAGCAACUGGCUGCACUCUACAAAGAAAUGGAGCCGUUGAAACAGGAACGGAAGUCCUAUCAUGAUUUACCUCUUAGCAUGCCUCUGGCACGAGUGAUAGUUGAAGAAGCAAGAAAUGAACUUAAAGCCUUGGAUGACGAGCUCACAAGGGAGCUUGAGGCUGUGCCUUUUGAGCUGACAUAGCCCAGCAAACCCCGGUUCACCUGAAGGGACCUAUGUGGAGCAGGAUUUUCCUUCUGCUGCCUACUUGCACUAGCAAUGCAUUUCAGAAUUCUUACUGUGCCUUGUCAGCUUCCUGUUGUGUUCUUCUUUCUGUUGGCCUUCUGUUUGUAAACUUCACCUGUUUUUCAUUAAAUAACCUCCUGACUUGC